AUGGCUGACGGAGUAUUGAAACUUGUUUGCGAAUGCAAGCAUGAUCCAUGGGGUAAAUUAGGGAAGGACUCUCUGGCAGGUCAGCUAUGGUCGCACAUGCCUGAUGCAGGAGAGCUGGACAGCUCCGAGACCUAUUCCGAGAUGUGGAUGGGUACAUACCCUACUGUACCAUCGCGGGUUCUUGCUACAGGAGAACCUCUUCUAGAUCAUCUCAAAAAUAAUCCCCAUCUCGUGGGGGAGUCGAUCUGCCGGAGAUAUGGCCCGGAUAUUCCUUUCCUUCCGAAGAUAUUAUCUUUUCAGAAAGCACUUCCACUUCAAAUCCAUCCAGAUAAAACUUUAGCCGAGCAACUACACAAGACAGACCCGGAAAAGUUUGGCGACACAAAUCACAAGCCCGAAAUUGCGAUCGCAUUGUCUCGCUUUGAGGCAUUCGUUGGAUUCAAACGUCUGGAUGAAAUUGCUGAGCUUAUGCGACUGAAGCCACUGGAGUCAAUUGUGCCAGAGCACACUGACUUUAAUGAUGAGGUCUUACGACAACUCUGUACCAAAAUGCUCAGCAUGUCCCCAGAAUCCGUAUCAGAUACAAUCACAGAAUUACAAAAUAGCCCUCUGUCAGAAUUUGACGAUGAUCACCGAAUUCCGUCACUUCUUCGUCGACUUAACGAGCAAUAUUCCAAAUCGGACAAUGGAAUCUUGGUCGCUACACUCUUAAUGAACUACAUGAUCUUGGAGCCUGGGGAGGCAAUAUGCGUCCCAGCUGAUAGUAUCCAUGCAUACCUAUCUGGAGAUAUUAUGGAGUGCAUGGCGAGAUCUGACAAUGUCUUGAACACAGGAUUCUGUCCACGUCCCGAUCGUGAUGAUAUUGAACUUUUUGCGCAAGCUCUUACAUUUAAACCACACAGCCCGGAAGAAUCUGUACUUCUGAAGAAGACAAGUCAGGUUGGAUUGAAAGGACGGACCACUGAAUACUCCCCGCCAAUUAGUGAAUUUAAUGUUCUGGGCGUUACCCUCCCUCCUAAGGGAGUUGAAGCUCACCGGGUAAUCCAAAGCCCCAGUAUCUUGGUUGUCACUCAAGGUUCGGGGAAAAUGGAUGUGAGCGAUGGAUCAGUCCACGACAUUAGUGAAGGAAGUGUUUACUUCGCUGCAAAAGACGCAGAGUUGAAAUUUUCGACGGACGUUGGUUUGACCUUGUAUCGAGCAUAUGCUACCUUCUAG